GGAGAUCACGGCUUUUCACAUGGCAGCUUUCAGUCGGUACAUCCGGGUUUGGGAGGAUUCGCAGAUCGUCAUGCGGCACGCGCGAGCAUCUCCAACAUCGACACCAGUCGCCUUUCACAUGCGGCCUACAACAACUCCGACCUCCAGACGCCGCAGACUGGAUACGACUUGAACUACACCCCACUUCUCCCUUCACAACUCCUCAUGGGAAGCCCGUUCCAGGCGGGCUCCCCAGCUACCUUUCAAUCGCCUCAGUUCCAAUCACUCUCGAGCUUUCCUCAGUCGGGUGCACAGCGUAUGCAGCAGCAGCAACAGUUGGGAAAUGUCUACCAGCAACAACAGGCGGCUCUCUCGCCCACAUAUCCUACCAUGGCUUCUCCCACGUUCGCUGGAACUCCUUCCUUCUUUGGCGGUCUUCAGUCACCGACCGUCGGUUUCAACCCGUUAUCCGCAGGCAAUGUGGGCUCCUAUGGCGCCUCAAUGAUGACACCGGGUGUCGCUGCUGGCACCAGUCGCACAGUUUACCUUGGCAACAUUCCACCAGACACAUCGGCCGAGGAGAUCCUCAGCCACGUUCGCAGCGGACAGAUCGAGUCGGUACGCAUACUGCCCGAGAAGAACUGCACAUUCAUUUCAUUCUUGGACGGUAGUUCGGCGACCCAUUUUCACUCAGACGCUAUCCUGAAGAAGCUCUCGAUCAAGGGACAGGAUAUCAAGAUCGGUUGGGGCAAGCCAUCAUCAGUGCCGACAUCAGUCGCCCUCGCGGUACAACAAUCAGGAGCCUCGCGGAAUGUGUACCUGGGAAACUUGCCAGAAGAGACAACCGAGGAGGAUCUACGGGAGGAGUUGAGCAAGUUUGGACCCAUUGAUACCGUCAAGAUCGUACGAGAGAAAGCGAUUGGAUUUGUUCAUUUCCUGUCGAUCGGCAAUGCCAUCAAGGCAGUGACACAGCUUCCCCAAGAGCCAAACUGGCAAGCACCGCGCAGGGUCUAUUACGGCAAAGAUCGUUGCGCUUACGUCUCAAAGACGCAGCAACAGAACGCUGCACAAUAUUUGGGCAUCGCUCCCGGCUAUGCCCAUGUCCUGAACGGUGCUGACCGCGAUCUGAUCACUAAUGCACUCGCUCAGCAAUCUGUCGCCGCGGCUGCUGUUGCAACCACAGCUGGUGGUGUGAACAAUUUGGGCAACCGCACAGUAUACCUGGGGAACAUCCAUCCCGAGACCACGAUCGAGGAGAUUUGCAACGUCGUCCGUGGUGGUCUACUGCACCACAUUCGAUACAUCCCCGAUAAGCACAUUUGCUUUGUGACUUUCAUCGAUCCGACUUCGGCUGCAUCCUUCUAUGCACUUAGCAAUCUACAGGGGCUCAUGAUUCACAACCGUCGACUGAAGAUUGGCUGGGGCAAGCAUUCGGGUGCUCUUCCGCCAGCCAUUUCAUUGGCUGUCUCUGGUGGUGCUUCUCGAAACGUAUAUGUUGGAAACCUGGAUGAGUCCUGGACCGAGGAACGCUUACGUCAGGACUUCCAGGAAUACGGAGAGAUUGAAUUGGUAAACACUCUCCGAGAGAAGAGCUGUGCGUUCGUCAACUUUACCAACAUCGCCAAUGCCAUCAAAGCUAUCGAGGCCGUUCGUGGCAAGGAAGAGUACAAGCGAUUCAAGGUUAACUUCGGCAAGGAUCGAUGCGGCAACCCACCGAGACAAAUGAUGAACAACCAACAGAUGCAACAACAGCAGCAGCAGCAGCAAAACGGCCAUGAUAACAGCCUUGGAUCUCCUUCGCCGGUCAAUGGUCUCGGACCGAACCGGAAUCAAAACUCCAUCUCGCCUGCCAGUUCCGCCCCGGGAAACGCACAGAACGGCCACUUCAACCCCCUGCAUGGCCCUACGGCGUCGACCAUUUUCAACAGCGGAAGCAACAACCCUUUGACCAUGUAUCUCGCCGCCACGCAACAGAACGCCCAGGCGCUAGCCGAGCAGCAGCAACAGAGCGAAAUGAGCGCGUCAGGCUCGCUCUACUCCUCCCAGCAGCCUCAACAGAUGUCGUCAUCAUCCAACGGCACCCACCUCAACGGCUCCUCCAGCAACAACAGCAACAACCACAGCUCCACCCUCGGCGGCUACAACUCCUCCCAGAACAACGGGGGCAUCAACGGCACCUCCUCCAGCUCCCGCGGCGGCGUCAACUCCCUCGGCGGAAACCAACACAGCCGCACCGUCAGCCUCCCGGCGUUCUCCCUCCAGCAAGCCCAAUUCAACCAGCAACAACAACAGCUCCAACAACACGGCGGCUUCGUCGGUCUGGGCGGCGGGCUCGUCGGCGGCGCUUUCAGCAGCGGCCUGGGCGCGUACGGGCUGGGCAUGACCGAGGGCGCCGCCGGCGCCGGCGGUCUGCCGGGUUGGGCGGAGGAGGAAGUC